CAAACACCUUUUACGCUCCCAUGGGCCACACAAAAUGAUUUGGCAGGCCGCAUUUCACACUGUCUUACAUCGUUUUUUUUCUUCUGUCUCUUAUAACGUUAGAAAGGUCUUUUCUUUCCUGCCCACACUGCCCAUCGGCAUGGCUCUUCCUCUAUACCUGCCCAAAGGCAAGUUCCUCCUCAGGACACCUGAAAGAUGGAAACUUUCCCUCGGCUCCUGUUUGAGGUUUCAGCACUAUGCAGAUCCAACCGUGAUGGAUGCUGAGGGACGUCGGCUGAAGGAAACCAAAAGGUCCAAGAAACAAGUGACUUUCGCUGACCAAAAGGGCUUAUCGCUGACUAUGGUGAAGGUCUUCUCAGAGUUUGAUGACCCCAUUUAUAAUUUGGCAAGCGACCAGCUGAUGCUGCGCUCCGCUCCCUCUGUGGGAGCAGUGGACGACAAACUGAUCCUGGACUUCCAUCAGCCAUCCUCGGACUAUGUAUUCUUUUAUCAGCGUCUAGAUAGGAACAACGUGUGCCUGGAGCGCUGUGUGCUCGGUGACAGAGCUGUGACGGGAACCGUCAAAGUCAAAAAUGUGACCUUUGAGAAGAGCGUAAGGCUGCGCGUCACGUUCGAUACCUGGAAGAGCUUCAGGGACGUAGACUGCACACACACAGAGACAAUAUAUCCCAGCUGUGCCAGCGACACCUUCUCCUUUGAGAUGUCUGUGCCGGAUGAGCUGCAGCCACACCAUUGUGUUGAGUUCGCUGUUUGUUAUAGGGUGGAUGGAUUUGAGUACUGGGACAACAACAAUGGUGACAAUUACAGAAUCAUCCGGUCGUCGAUGAAGAGGAGCCAGCCCAGUACUCUUAGCUGCUACUCUUUUGACAUGGGGAUUCAUUUUGAUCCGUAUGGCAGCCCAACCUGUUCACAUGGAAUCUUCCCUGACUGGCCAAGUUAUGCCAGAUAUGAAAACAACAGUCCAUAUUAUUAGAGAGAUUUUUCCAUAAUAAAAUGAUUGAUUCUAGACUCUUUUGCAUUGACUCAGCAGUCCACCUGAUACAGUCGAUUUUAAUUGAAGUAUUGGAGGUAAAAUCACAAUUAAUGUAUACAGCUACUCACAAACUAAGUUCUACCACUUCUAAAGGACAAAAACGUUUCUUGAAUGAAUGGUAUUCUACAUUACUUCAUUCCUUGGGUUUAAUUGAGAGUUUCUUUAAAUCUAGUAAUUGAAAAUAAAAAUUGUCAAGUUAAAUCACAUUUGAAAAUGUACAGCCGUUCAGGUUGAAUUAUAGUGACUCACAUUUGCUAACAUUGUAUGUAACAUUUUAUAUAUAUAUAUAUAGAAUGUACUGUAUGUAUAUAUAUGCAUGUACUGUAAAACAUCUUGGUUCAGGGCCUAAAUACAGCCUAAUUAGAUGUGAAGUGGGCUGGGCGAGUACAAUCAUAACAUAAUUACCUAUAAAUAAUAAUAGGUCCAAAAGGUUUCCCCCCCCUUUUUUAAUGCAUGCGACUUAGAAAAUCUUCACAUUUAAUGGAACAUCAGUUUACAAAACAUCAUGAACAUGAAGGGUUUUACUUUCACAACGCAUCAAGCAACCUUUAUUGAACCCCGUAGAGGGCCGGUUUUGGUCCACGGGCUGUAUGUUUGACAGCCCUGCUGUAAAAGGUCAUUUCAGUUUCAUAAUAAACCAUCCCAGGAAAAAAGACCAAUCAAGAAAAAUAAUUACUCGUAUUUGUCUAUGUUGCUGUCAAAUGCGU